AUGAGUGAACCAGAUGGAGGGCCAGUGAAGGGAAAUGCACUGGUGGAUACAGGGGAGCUGGAGGGCGAGGUGCUCUGGUCCAUCUGCCUCAACUACUUGAGAGACCCCGUAGCCAUCAGCUGCGAUCACGUCUUCUGCUACUGCUGCAUCAUUCAGACAGAAUUCCAGAGUCAGAGGCAGGACAUCAUGUCAGUGUUUGAACAGGGCCACCAGUUCCUGAGAGAAAGGGAGCUGUACCUACUGGACCUGCUGGAAAGGAUAGAGCAAGAGCUCGCCCACGGGAGGAACAGCCAUGUCACCAAGAGCUCAGAGGACGCCGUCCGGCUUGGAACCCUCAUUUCUGAGUUGGAAAAAAUGGCUCAGCAGCCUGCAGUUGAACUUUUGCAGGACCUGAGUGACGUCAUAAGCAAAUACCCCUGGAAGAAGCUCUGGAUUGAAAAGGCUGUCAGUGCUGCAAUCAAAAGGCAGGUAGAAGACUUUUCAGAUAAACUUCUUUCUUUAGAGAAAGGACUCAGAAGAUUCAAUGAUAAGGGAAUGGGAAAAUUGAGGAGGGAUCUGGAGUAUAAGACCACGAGGAUCGUCCUGAAUUCCCAGCCAGCCAAUGGCUGCCUCUCAGUGUCUCCCAAUGAGAAAAGCCUGAUAUUCACUGGUUUGUGGAUGAACAAAUACCAACAUGGUUGGAGAUUUGACCCUGAGCCUGGAGUGCUGGUCAGUAGGGGCUUCACGUGGGGCAAAGUGUACUGGGAGGUGAGGGUGGACAGGAUAUGGUGGGGGGCAGAGGAGGAAGAUGCAGUGUGUUACUGGGGUGGAGCCAGAGACAUGUUUGGCACUAGCUACCUGUGUGGGUUAGUGGGCACCUCUGGUGGUUACAGUCCCACCGGGUACAGAAAUGAGAAUGAAAAUGGAAUAUGGCUGAAAUUCUGCCUGGUGGGGAUGGCCAGAGAGUCGGUGGUGAGGAGAGGAUGUCUCGCCUUCACCCCUGAGGAGGGGUUGAACCUGCAGCUCUCCUCAGCUGGGGUGUAUGUAGGUACCAGUCUCGAGCCUUUCCAGAUCCUGUCAUGUUGUCCAAGGCAGACCGGAGUUGCUCUGGAUUAUCAUGGUGGGAAGGUGACCUUUACCAAUGCCAGGACUCAGGAGUUAAUCUACAAGUUCUUCUCUUCCUUCACGGGGAGAGUUUUCCCUUUCCUGUGGCUUGACUGUAUGAGAGGCAGAGUCACACUGAGGCUCUAAGACAAGGUCUCAUUUGGCCUGUAUUCCUCUAUGUCAUUCCCAACUUCCCACUCAGCUAGACUGUCUGUCUGGGCUUCCAAACACCCUUAGAUCAUGGGACCAGCAUGGUGGAGGCAGGAGUCCCUGAUCCUUUCCACUUGGUCUCUAAAAUAGGGAUGACACUCAUCUGCCCUCUCUGCAGAGUUAGGGUUGGAAUGUCUUCAAAGCACUUAUUAAAAUAUGUGUUCUUGUUAAUGUUUUUCUUCUGUUGCCUUUGAUUUGGUCCUUCAUCCGCCACUGAGAUAAAGGUAUGAGAACGAGUGUGAGUG